UGUACAUUCGAUGACAAGUGCGUAACUGUGCUGAAACCUGUGCUCCGGGAUCCUCAACUCGUUUUUCUUUACACCUGCAGAAAAGGCGUCCACGACACAAUUCAGAGCCUGGCAUACGCUCUUGGUUCUGACAAUCGCUGCUUGUUCCAGUACAGCACCUCCAGAAACUGGGUUAAAGUUUCCCAUCAGAAUGGUUCAUGAAGCUGUGGUCCGGAAGCGCAGCAUGGUGGCCAAGAACAACCCCACCGUGCAGGGCAUCGACAACUACGCCCUCGACAUCGUCAUCAAGAACGACGAGUUGCCUCCCAAGGAUGCCAGCGUCGGCAACAGCGUGGAUGACCUCAAGACGCUGGGAGGCGACGCGACGCGCAUCGGCGAUUCGCAGGCGGCGCUGACGGAGGCCGACGGGGACCACAUCGUCGCUUCGCACCCCACAUCGUACCUCGAGACGAUGAUCCACCUGCUGAAGGGCAACGUCGGCUCCGGCAUGUUCGCCAUGGGCGACGCCUUCAAGAACGCCGGCUUGGCCCUGGGCACGGUGGCCACCAUCUUCCUCGGCGUCAUCUGUGUGCACAGCCAGCACCUGCUGCUGUCGGCGUCGCAGGAGAUGGCGGUGCGGACAAAAACCACGCGCCUGCCGCACUUUGCCGAGACGGUGGAACAGUGCUUCCAGACGGGGCCGCAGCGCCUCCGGAGGUACGCCGCAUUAUCCAGAUGGAUCGUGGACGUGUUCCUGUGCAUCACACAGUUAGGAUUCUGCUGUGUGUACUUCGUUUUCAUUGCAGAUAGCAUCAAACAGGUGGCGGACCAGUACGGGGCGUACCUGGACUCGCACCUGCACAUGGCGCUGGCGUUCGUGCCGAUCCUGCUGAGCUGCUGGAUCCGGUCGCUCAAGUUCCUGGUGCCGGUGUCGUUGCUGGCCAACGUGCUCACCGUGGCCGGCCUCAUCGCGACGCUGUACUGCCUGUCCCUCGACCUGCCCAGCCCCUCGGAGCGGCAACUCGCCGUCUUCAGCUGGUCGCAGCUGCCGCUCUUCAUCGGCACCGCCAUCUACGCCUUUGAAGGGAUUGGUCUCGUGCUUCCGCUGCAGGAGCAGAUGAAAAAGCCCCAGCAGUUCACCAGUCCGCUGGGAGUCCUCAACGUGGGCAUGAGCAUCGUCUGCUCCCUCUUUGUCAUCACUGGCUUCCUGGGCUACCUGAAGUACGGAGACCAAGUCAAGGGAUCCAUCACCCUCAACCUGCCGCCCGAAGAAAUCCUGUCGCAGGUGAUCAAGGUGGUGAUCGCGCUGGGCAUCCUGUUCUCGUACGCGCUGCAGAUGUACGUGCCGGCGAGGAUCAUCUGGCCCGGGAUCGUCAGCCGCUGGGGACCCUUCAGGCGGCCGGCGCUCGUCGAGACGGCCUUCCGGACCGCCCUCGUCACUCUCACCUUCGUGCUGGCCGAGGUGGUGCCCAACCUGAGCGUGUUCAUCUCGCUGAUCGGAGCCGUCUCGUCGUGCACCUUGGCCCUGCUCAUACCGCCCGUCAUCGACGUGGUCUACCGCUGGGAGUACGGCAUCUCCUGGCCCCUCGUCAUCAAGGACGGCUUCAUCUUCUUCGUCGGCGUCGUCUCCUUCCUCACGGGCACCUACGCCAGCGUCGUCUCCAUGGUCCAGCAGCUCUUCUGAGGCAGACGACGGAGCUCGCCUCGGCGGAAAGUCGCUCCCCUGGCAGGCUGGAAGGCGCCACCCGGCCUGCUAACAGAAAGCUGGUGCCUCGCUCUCACUUCCCCACGGCCUCCCACAGAGCCAAGUGCCGCACUUACAGAUAUUCGGAGGGCUGUUCGCCCAGCCACUUGUGCUGUGUAUUCUGAACGGAACUCGAUGUACAGUCUCGACAGACUCUCCGUUUCGCACAGUUUGGCGGCCACCAAAGUAUCAAAUUCGGAGAAGAACACUUGGCUUAUAGAUGUAGUGUGCUUUAAGUAUGUUUCUCGUCUUCCCGAGACGUCGAUCUCGUGGCAUCUGACACUGCUUGCCGUUCCAUCCAGCUGGGAGGGCAACUCGUUCGUGGUGCGACCAUUGACCAGGUCUCGACCUAGGCUGUAGCCUGAAAGGGCUCUUAACGACGAAGUGGACACUUUACACCUGAGACUGGUUUCAAUAUAUUGCACAAUCCGAAAAGUAUUCACGGGUAUAUGAAAACAUAUCAUUUCGUGAUGCAGUUUUACCAUUCUCAUUUCCGUCCGAAAAUGUACAUAGCCAAAUCGCGACAAGAUAAUUUUUCAGUCGUUAAAUAUCUGUGGGGUCUUAUUGAACCGAUAUACUGUGCUAAGAUACACAAUUGAUAGAUAAUUUUCCGUAUUUUCCUGCGCGGGGGUGCGCAACCUGUUCACGGUACAGGAGACUUCAAAAAGAAAGAGCACAUUUUAAGAUUUUAUUCUGAACAAAGUACCCACGAUAGAUAAUGCUUACGAAUACACUGCCAUAAUCUAAAUCUUUGUUCCUACUGUGUUUCUAUGCAUGUUAUAUACAAUGUACGUGUUUAGCAUAAACAUCAUUACAUCACUACACCAUUUGAAGCCAUUCAUAUACCGGGUGAUCAAAAAGUCAGUAUAAAUUUGAAAACUAAAUAAAUCACGGAAUAAUGUAGAUAGAGAAGUACAAAUUGACACAUAUGCUUGAAAUGACAUCGGGUUUUAUUAGAACCAAAAAAAUACAAAAGUUCAAAAAAUGUCCGAUUGAUGGCGCUUCAUCUGGUCAAAAUAGCAAUAAUUAGCAUAAUAAAGUAAGAGGAGGCAAAGAUGAUGUUCUUUACAGGAAAUGCUCAAUAUGUCCACCAUCAUUUCUCACCAAUAGCUGCAGUCGAGGAAUAAUGUUGUGAACAGCACUGUAAAGCAUGUCCGGAGUUAUGGUGAGGCAUUGGCGUCGGGUGUUGUCUUUCAGCAUCCCUAGAGAUGUCGGUAGAUCACGAUACACUUGCGACUUCAGGUAACCCCAAAGCCAAUAAUCGCACGGACUGAGGUCUGGGGACCUGGGAGGCCAAGCAUGACGAAAGUGGCGGCUGAGCACACGGUCAUCACUAAACGACGUGCGCAAGAGAUCUUUCAUGCGUCUAGCAAUAUGGUUUGGAGCGCCAUCCUGCAUAAACAUCGUACGUUUCAGCAGGUGUUUAUCAGCCAGGUUGGGGAUGAUGCGAUUUUGUAACAUAUCGGCGUACCUCUCACCCAUCACGGUAGCAGUUACAAAACCAGAAUCACGCAUUUCCUCGAUGAAAAAAGGCUCGAUAACUUUUUUUUUGUUCUAAUAAAAUCCCAUGUCAUUCCAAGCAUCUGUGUCAAUUUUUACCUCUCUAUCUACAUUAUUCUGUGGUUUAUUAAGUUUUCAAAUUUAUACUGACUUUUUGAUCACCCGGUAUUAAUUAUCACUAAACGAGCAAUGUGGCAUAGUGGUAAGACGCUGGACAUUCAUUCGGCAGGGCCACGGUUCGAAACCACGUUCGUUUAUCCACAUUUAUGUUUGGCGUGGUUUCCCUAAAUCUUUUAAGGCAAAUACUGUAUUAUUCCAUUGAAAGGUACACGGCCGGUUCCUCUCCCUGAAAUAACUCGACGUCAACACGACGUUAAAAUAUAAUAUUCCUGCUUUUUAUAUCACUUUUCUUACUUUUUUAUUUGCAUUAAUUUUUACCACAACUACAUUAUUAAAGUAAAGAGGCACUGUACUCUGUUUACCGAACUUGCAAGAAUCACAAACUGUGUCUCUGGUAAUAGGGUCGGCUGCAGAAAAUGAGAUAAAUUGUACUUCUAUAUUCUCACCAUUCAAUAACUAGUAAUAAUUAUUAUAAUUUGGAUCCGGACUUCAGUAUGAAAAAGGAUCGGAGACUAUCAUGCAUGAAAAUAAAUCUAAACUUUUCUUCUAGCGUUAGAAUUUGUGUAGUUAACGUGUGUCAGACAGCAUUGCCUCUGUAGAUGACAGUUUUAUAAAUCUUGCUAGCAUGAUAGCCAUAAUACGUACUUAAUUUUGCGGCUCUCUCAAAUAUCCAAUAAUUAAACCAGGAUGUUUAGUCCUCUUUCUCCUUCUUCGUGUCGUUCUAGCUUACUUGACCAAAGAAAAGUUGUUCUAUCCAGAAACAAACAGCAACUGGAAGAACUUUCAUCAUCUCAAGUCAAAGAAUUGAUACAUAGAAACCAGGUAAUAUUGCCUCCAGGAAGCGUUGUUAAAAGUAAGAGUAACAUGAAAAAGCUUCAUGUGUAGCAAUUGCCGAAGAAAACAUCAAAUUAUAGCCUUGGCUAGUCAGUAUUUUCAUACGUGCCUGGGAAAUGGAUUCUUGAGAACGUCCAGAAAGCACUUAUCGUUUUCAUUCGGCGUUUUCAUUUGACAUGAGAGGGCAUUGAGGUCGUAUACACUGUGCUCGAAUGGUGCUUGGCCGUAAAGUUAGUUGUUUCCGCAUAAACUGCACAAUAUUUUAACGAGGCAGCCGGUUAUCACCCUGAAGUACAAGUGCAGGUUAAAAUAUUGAGCUGUUUCCAUGAAACCAUCAGAUUCCGAUACACGUUCAAACACAUAAAGUAUAUCCUCAAACAACACGAACAAAAUCUUCUUUAGAUCAUUUUUAUAUCAUUCAUAAACAUGUGCUGAUAUUUCCUGCGAACUACAGCACACAAAACGGUAUUUCUUGAGGCUCCACCAUCAGAAUGAAAAACUAUUCUACGGACACUAUUAAAUGUAUGCUCUCUAAUGCUGUAUCAGGGUAUGUUCCUAUAAUACAAAAAUUUUCUGUGAUAAAAACAUGUACGUGCUCUAAUUUUUGAAGCUUCCUAUACAGUCACAACCUUCGUACUGUACACAUCCCAGCAGGCCUGGAAUAAUAAUUUAGUCAUCUAGGAACUAAAAUGUUACUUUCUUUUUUAAACAAUUAUGAAA